AAGUCAUUGAUGCAUGUUUACGGAAGUCAAGAGUUUCAUUCAUGGAUUUGGCCCACUGCGAACGUCCGCAGUUUCCUUAACAUUUAACGUAUUUUAUUUGACUUUUGUCCGCCGUUUUAAGUCUCCUGUUCCUAGAUAAGUGCAGUCCUAGCCAUGUGGGACCAUGAAAUCAGGGCCAUGGCGUCCACGCACGCCAUCAUCGCCGCCUCGGUGUUCAUGGCCACGGUCCUACCUGCGGUGUUCGUUUCGGGCUUCUCGGUGUACGGCUCCCACCUGCUGUGGCUCUACUCGGUGUCCGGUGCGGUGACCGCGGUCAGUGUCGCCGUCUUCUGGCUGCUCGGCAUCACACCACCGACCAAGAAACACACACUGGGAUACAAGCUGUCCAAGUUGUUUCGCUCCUGCCUCUACUUCUUCCUGUCAUGCCUGUUCUUCCACACUGUGGUUGUCCUAUAUGGAGCUCCGCUAAUUGAAUCUGCAUUAGAAACAUUUUCCCUGGCUGUGCUGCUGACCUCGCUGACCACACUGAGGUGUCUCUGCGUCCUCGGCCCCAACGUCCAGGCCUGGAUACGAGUGUUCAGCCGACACGGAGCCAUGUCGGUGUGGGACACCUGUCUGCAGAUUACAGUGGCCUGCACGCUGGUAGGAGCCUGGGUGGGAGCGUUCCCUAUACCUCUGGACUGGGACAGGCCUUGGCAGGUUUGGCCUGUCUCCUGCAGCCUUGGCGCCAUGAUUGGCUUCCUGACCGGGCUUGUAGCAGCUCCCGCGUGGAUCCACUACCAUCGCAAACAGCUGACGUACAAGUGCAAGUGAGAGGGACAGACAUGUGUUUUUAUGCCCUGCGAUUGUGCGACUGCUUCCAGCUUCUUUCCCUUUCUACUGAUUUAUUUAUUGGGAGGACUCACCGUGUGACCGCAGCCUUUCAUGAGUCACGAGAUGAUUUUUGUAACAACAUCCGAUGUUAUUUUGUAUGUGUGAAGGCUGAGUAUUUUGUGACAUGAAUAAACAAUGACUCCAUUUGCAA